AUGAGUUUCCCCAAAUGGCUUCCAAAAGAUUUACAAGGUUCAUAUCAUCUUUUUUACGACAUGAGCAGAGCUUCACUCACAUUUAAGUGGCUAACGAAUCGUUACUUAAAAGAAAUUUGCUUCGAAAUUCCGGACUUACACGUCGUGAGAGAAUUAACUAACUUAACACUGUGCGCCUUUCGUAAAAGUGAUGCAUUGCAAACUCAUGUCACGAAAGCUUAUGUGAAAAAACCCGGAGAUAAACGAAUUGAUCGCAAUCCAUACUAUCAACUAGUUGCACAAAAAGCGACAAUUAUUCUCGGAAACUUACAACAAAAACAACGUCAAUUGAUAUUUAUUAUACGAAACCAGAUAAAUUUGCUACUUCAUGCCGCACAAAAACAAGAUAGUUUCAUUGAUGAUGCAUUGAGUAUGGUCGCUGUACAUAAUAAGUGCAUUGAAUUUACGAAAAAUUUCGAUGGGGCCGCUCAAAUCUGCAGCAUUUCAUAUACAACCAUUUUUUUGCCACCCACUCGCAUUGAUGUCAAAGAUAUUUUACAGGCUUUAACUUCCCAUCGAAGUGAGCAUUGUUGUUUACAGUUAAUUUCAAAUCUUUUGGUCUCGUGCCAAGUUGAAACUGGCAAUGAAUCUGAAUCAGAUACAUCUAGUAUUGAAGUAUUGAAAGCACUUACAUCACAUAUGUCAUCCGGAGCAUCGCCAUUAUGUGCCAAUGAUACACAAAAAGCAGCCGCACAAGACCCAACAAUGGAAUUUUUCGAUAAAAUGGUAUCGAUUCCACAAUCUGCAGAAGAAAGUUUAAAAAAUGAUGCAAACAUUGAUCAUUUGGAGAAAAUGGUGUCAACAGAAGAAAAUUAUUUUGCAUUCAUUUUACUAAAAUGCCUACAAUUCUGUCCAUCGAUUUUCGAAACGAAACCAACGCAAACCGAAAUAGUGAAGUAUGUAAAUAAAGCAACACAAACGCUCUGGACACAAGUAGGAGCGAGCCUUGAACAUAUAGUUCUAUGGUGGCAUGUUGCACCGCUUGCUUGUGAGCCUGUGGCUGCUGCGCGCCAUUUGCGAGAUUGGCUGCUAAGCAUGCAAUAUGAUGAAGCUCCAGAAACGCUCGUAUCCAUACUCCGCUGUCUAGGCGAAACUCUUACUGUACAUGUUGCUUGUACAACGUACGAUAGUCAAUUUCGUCUGGCACUUGUUGCAUCUAGUCUUCCAAUUGAUUAUAAAUUUGAAAGUGACGAAUUUUACAAUAAAAAAACUGUGUCUGAAGGAACCACGACAACGGGUCGCCUGUGGAGCGAAUUAUUAUACACAUUAACAACAUUCUGUAAUAAUUGUGAUCAGCAUAGUACUAUUCCGAAUGAAAUUCCAAUUGUAGAGCAAAUUGCAGUGCUACAUCGUCUUGAUCAUUCAAUUCAUACGAUGCGCUUGUGGGCGGCUGCAAAAUCUAAGGCAUUAUGUAUCGAAUGGGGAAUGGAAAUGUUUUUCAAAGUGGUUCACAAUGACAUCAAUCAAUGUUUGGAGCAAAUAAAAGUUCUUCGAACACCUGAUCUUGUGUCGCCUGAUUUAUUUGAAGUAGAAAUUCAAGUAAACGUUGCACUUCGAGCAAAACUCAUAUCAGAAGUUAAAGUUAACAUCUGCAAACUAAAACUCACAUCAGAUGAAUGCAUCGAAGUGUUGGCAUCUAUUUGUAAAAUGCUAAGUUUGGCAACGCUCAGUUUGUGUUUUCCGAAAUCACAAUUUUGGCAGAGCGAUGUCCUUCAGGAGAACGCCAACGAAUAUGUAAAUCAUUUUUUGGAUGAAGUAUAUCUGAAAGUAGUUCGGUCAACGAAUGUAUUGGAAAUACUUAAUUUGAUUUUAAGAAUUAUGUGCGAAGCAUGGCUUGAUCACAUUUAUACACAAAAAAUUAAAUUCAGUCGUGAAGGUGCAUUGAAUUUGCUUCGUGAUUUUGAAGGUGUUUCCCAAUGGAUAAUCAAUUGCAAAUACGUUUUACCAGAACAUGUUGACAUUUUAGCCAAACAUGAAGUCUUACGUACAUGUGAAGGAGUUGGAAAAAUUUUACUGCGCAAACCAUUUGAAAUUAUUCCGAUGAGCGAAAAAACUGGCCAUUCACCAAGAGUGCCUCAAAAAUCUGACGAUCCAGAUGGGGAAACUUUAUUACCACCCGAAAUGUUUGUACCAAAUCAAAAACGUUGGCUUCAGCUGCGUGCAAGAAAAAGAAAUCAACUCAAUUCAAUUAUGUGCAUUUGUGCUGGUCAACCGUGUAUAACUUAA